AUGCCGCUCAUCGAAAGCAUGCUCGACUCCUGUGCUCAUGCAAUUACAGCUAUGACAUCAAAGAUGAGCAUGCCCAAAGAAAGGUCUAUUUCUCCACACUCUUUUGGUGUUUAUCCUCAUGAGCGUGAGCUACCAUCGUCACUAUGUUGCCUUCGAGUAAUGUAUUUGAGAACCGGAGUGUUAUGGUUGGCUUACGGAGAGAUGGUUUGGAUAACAUCACAGCUUUCUUAUUGGGCCGCUCAAACCGUGACAAACGGAUUCCCACAAAUAAUAAUUAUUAUUGGAUUUAUAUUUACUUUCCUGCAGAUAAUAUUCGUCAUAUUUCUAACAAAAGGGCUCAAAGAGUUUCGCCUAUUAUUCAUUGCUAUCUACUUGUUUGGUCUUGCUGUGAGAAUAAUCAUCUACUUCAUGUUUCUGAUAGUAGUAGCUAUUAUAAAUUUGAUGGAUUGGGAAGAAAUUGAUGAAAAGCUGUUAUUUUUCCGAACCAUGGUGCCUGUGAAAGUUUCCAUUUGUGUCUUCUAUACUGUGCUCAAAUUAUUCGCUUUUGCAAUUAUACAUAGAUAUUAUUUGUAUAUCAGCGAAACUGUUGACUAUUUCCUCCAGCCUUCUGUAGAAAAGAAGGUAGAGUUGCGAGCGAGUUCUGCCAGCUACUUGGGAUUAGAAUCACAAACGAAAUUGCCAAGCCCUGAUGAUAGAAGAUUGAAGCUUUGA